UCUUUUGCAUUGUUUCUCUGAUAUUUCUUGCGUUUUCAUGCUCUGAUCUGGUUGGUUAGUGAGGUAGCCGCAAUUCUAGGAACUGAGUAACUUCUCAGGCUGUGAAGAUUUUUUGGCUUCAGUAUGGGUGCCGAGAAAAAUUGAUCGAAGUAGGUUACUUGUUCUCCCGAUGAUUUUAGGAAGCCCAGAUUUGACGAUUACUGGUUUAAUUUUAGUUUGCAUUGCCGCAAGAGCAUCUGAUGUGCUCUAGUAAACUCGGUUUUCUUCAACGUUCAUCUCGCAUUUUGUCGGCGAUGGUACCUGUUCUGAUUCAAUCUCUUACUUUUCCCGCAUUUCUCUCUUUCUCGUGUUUUUCGGCGAUACCUGUGAAGGUUGAACCUCUUAUUCUGAUCGAAAAUUGUUACCCUGGAUCUGUUGUUGCAAGUGAUAGCAAAUGUGUUGAUUCCUAGGUUGAUGCUGCGAAUUUCUGUAUCUUGUGCCGAUUAGAUGAGGUUUGGCCGUAACCCAUUGUCAAACCUUACUUGUCCGUGUUUCAGGGUUGAGAGACAACUUGGAUUCGAAGGCAACAUUUUGUCGAUUGAUGUGAAUUUUUUAGUUUGAUCCUAUUGUCUUUUUUUUUGGUUUAAAGUUUGAUCCUAUUGUCGGUCUGCUGGUCGCUGCUUCUACUUAAUUGGCAGAAUGAAGAAGUGUUAUGGCUGCCUGCUUGUUGCAUCACUGUUCAUGUUCUUAAUGGUGUUCAGAUUUGUUGACUUGAAAAGUCCUAUUGAAAACACUUACUUCACGGGCUCCAGGACUUAUAACUUUACUCCUAUAACUCCUAACACUACUCUUCCUCUUGAAUGGCUGCAAAUCACGGUUCCUGACUUCGUGAAAGGGGAGAAGAAGACUUCUGAAGUGAUAGUAUCUGGUGAUGCUGUUGUGUUGGGCCUAUUUUCCGAGAGAAAUGUCUCUGAUGGAGAGCGGCAAUCUUUGCGAACCUGGAACCGUCUGAACAAACUGAUUGACCAUGCACAAAGCUUAGCAAAUGGACCUGAUGCCAUAAAGGAAGCUGGCUUUGCUUGGGAGAGACUUAUGGCUUCGGUUGAAGCCGAAAAACUGGGUCAUACGAAUGAAAAUCGUACUGUGAAAGGGAAUGAGAGGCAUUGUCCUCAGUUUCUUAGCAAAAUGAAUGCUACUGAAGUUGAUGGUAGUAGUUUGAAGCUGAAAAUUCCUUGUGGCCUGACUCAAGGUUCCUCCAUCACGGUUAUCGGCAUUCCAAAUGGUCUGACUGGUAGCUUCCGGAUUGACCUAACAGGGGAACCACUCCCUGGGGAGCCUGAUCCACCCGUUGUCUUACACUACAAUGUUAGGCUUCUUGGUGACAAGUUGACUGAGGACCCUGUUAUAGUUCAAAACUCCUGGACGACGUCUCAUGGUUGGGGUGAGGAGGAACGUUGUCCAAAACCUGAUCCCGAAGGAUUGAAGAAAGUGGAUGACUUGGAUCAGUGCAACAAGAUGGUAGGCAGAGAAGUAAACCGGACGUCUGCUACUAUCUUUCAUUUCAACGCAACAAAGGGGCUGCCAGGUUCUGGGGAAGGGUCUAGACGUGGACAAUAUUUUCCUUUCAAGCAGGGGUUCUUAUCAGUUGCAACACUUAGAGUGGGAACAGACGGAAUUCAGAUGACCGUCGAUGGGAAACACAUAACAUCAUUUGCUUUCCGUGAAACCUUGGAGCCAUGGCUUGUUAGUGAAGUACGGAUUACCGGUGACUUGGAAUUAAUAUCCAUCCUUGCCAGCGGUUUACCCUCAUCAGAAGAAUCGGAGCACAUUGUUGAUCUAGAGGAACUGAAAGCACCUUCUCUUUCUCCUUCAAGAUCUCCAGACCUUGUUAUUGGCGUUUUUUCCACCGCAAACAAUUUUAAACGUAGGAUGGCUGUCAGAAGAACAUGGAUGCAGUAUGAUGCUGUUCGAUCUGGAACAGUUGCUGUCCGUUUUUUUGUUGGUCUUCAUAAAAACCAUAUUGUUAACCAGGAACUGUGGAACGAGGCUCGGACCUACUCUGACAUUCAGCUAAUGCCCUUUGUUGAUUACUACAGCCUCAUCAGCUGGAAAACAUUAGCCAUCUGCAUAUAUGGGACAGAGGUUGUGUCAGCAAAAUUUAUCAUGAAGACAGACGAUGAUGCCUUCGUACGCGUGGAUGAACUGAUAUACUCCUUAUCGAUGGUAAACUCCACGCAUGGUUUGCUAUAUGGACUCAUCAACUCAGACUCCCAACCGAUACGAAACCCUGAUAACAAGUGGUACAUCAGCUACGAGGAAUGGCCAGAAGAGAAAUACCCUCCAUGGGCUCAUGGUCCUGGCUACAUUGUGUCCUGGGACAUAGCAGAAUCGGUCGACAACCGUUUCAAAGAAGGACGCCUAAAGAUGUUUAAGCUAGAAGAUGUGGCAAUGGGGAUAUGGAUAGCGGAUAUGAAGAAUCAAGGAGUGGAGAUCCAUUACGAGAACGAUGGAAGGAUCAUCAACGACGGAUGUAAGGACGGAUUCGUAGUUGCUCACUACCAAGGCCCGGCAGAACUCAUCUGCCUCUGGCGCAAAAUCCUCGAAACCAAACGCUCACAUUGCUGCGGCGACUGGUAAACAAACGCUACAAAAAUUCAUAUAAAAAACAACAACAAACGCAACAAUGUUCUGUCUUUGUCUGAAAAUAUACAGAACCAGACAAAGAAAUUUUGCAGAACAGAGAGAGAAAAGAGGAAUACGAGUCGUUUCAGGUUAGUUACUUGUACCGAAUCAUCCCGUUUUUUUUUUUUUUUUUUUUUUUUUUUGUAGUAGAAAAUGUGAAGUUAGGCGUAUAUUUUGCUUUGAUUUUUUGUUUUGUUUUUGGGUUUAGUAUAUAUAUAUAUAUAUAUAUAUAUAGUCACUGGGAAUUUACAUCAUUUUUUUUUAUCUGUAUAAUUACUUCAGCUUAGUGUAUAUAUCCAAUGGUUUCUUCA